CUGGGCGCGCUGCUCACUGCUAACCCCUCCGUAGUGCGAGGAAAAUCUCUGAACUCCGUUGUGCGAUCCGAAAAAAGAGAGGAGCCUGAUUAGGGGUCGUCGAAAUGUCCGAUAACUCCGACAACGAGGUCGAGGAGCUAUCCUCGGCCGCUCAAGUCGCUCAGCGAUUCCAGGAGUGGUGGAUCUCGGAGCGAAACUGUCCAGUACUCCUGCCGUAUCAAGGAGAAUUGGUCGACUGUUUGUUGGAUCAACUCGAUCACAUGCGGCAAGGUCUCGCGCAGCUCAAGGCGAGCGAUCUCCGGGCGGGACUCCACAGACUCGAGGUUGAGAGAAUUCAGUACCUGAUCAACGACUACUUGCGGAGCCGUCUCAAAAAGAUCCACAAAUUCCUACCUCAGCGCCCGGCGCCGGAUAUGAAUGUUUUGCUGUCCGACCAAGAACGGACCUUCAUCGACGAUGUAGUCAAUGCUACUUUCAAGCAUUUUCACGCAUCUGCCCUGAGCCAGAUGCCAACGGGAAUGCAACAGCUGAGUCUGCCCGAGCGCGCCGAAGAAAGAGAUCAUUACGUGUUCUGCAGGGUGAAGAAAGCCGCGCCGGGCGUCAUGGUCGAUGCCGACUCGAUAGUGGAUUUCGAUGUCGCGAAGAGUUCACAAUCAGCUGGACACCUGCUGGGAUCCAAUACAUCGAGUCAAGCUAGCACGAAUGACGACGAGCUCCGGAAGAAAACACCGGUUCCAGUCGUUCUCUGGAAGAAUGCGGACGUGAUGCGAUGGUUGAAACGUUGCUGCGCUGACCAACACACUAUGUACGCUCAUUUGUUUCUCGAGCAUGAUAUCACUGGACGGAGCUUGGUUCGGAUGAACGAGUGUUCCCUGGAGAAAAUGGGCAUCACGAACCCGGAUCACAAGAGUGAAUUGUUCCGAGAAAUUCUGAAGCUGAAGUUGAAGAGUGACAUCCUCGAAAUAAAGGAUCUCGAGAGAGCGGGCGCUGAUCAGAGCCGGCCGUCGUCGAACUGACUCUCGAGUUUCUCAUAUCCGGGUCCCUAGCUCCGAAAGUGUACUCUUUUCCAGGAGCCGGAAGGACUCACACGAAUUUAUUCCUAAGCGGACGAACUGUUUGACGUGACACCUUGGAUGAGAGCAAUCUCACCGUCGAUGUGGGAACAAUUGUUCUUCAUUUGAGUAUCACAUCGUCGAUUUCUAAAAUAAAUUCAGCGAGCUGUUGAUCACCGAAACCGUCUAAGAAAA